GUCAAAACUCGUUGCCGAAAAGCAUCACGCCAAUCUCAUCCCAGCCGUCUGCAGCAUAGAUGGUCAUCGGCGGCAUGGACACCGGCGUCACGGUUGCAGCCUCUUGACCGCAUUGGGCUAUCAUGGCUGCGCGCACCAGCGGCUGCACAUCGAUGCCGUACAAAGAUAUCACCUGCACACACACACGCACACACGCACAAGUGGCCGUCGGUCAUUCAUGUGUGUUGUCUGUCGAUGCACUCUGCACCUUGUCGAGAGUGUUGUUCUUGUUGAGUGCGUCCUUGAGGACAAUGCCGAUGUCGGCCUCCAGCAACGCCAGCAAAUCGGUCACGCUGUCGCCAAUAAACACGCUCAGCCUCCCCUCUCGCCCCUUCUCCUCCCGCAGCCUCCGGAAGGCGCGGAGUUUGUCCACCGCCCCCGUCAUGUGGCUGGAGAUCUCCCCAGUGGCUCUCUGGUCAUCUUCGCGGAACGAAAAGGAGUUGCAUGUGAUGGGGAGGGAGAGGGGGGCACCACAGGCGUCUUGGAGGAUGGUAUGGAUCAUGUCCUGCGACCAGCUGACAGAGAUGAUGCUCGCGGGGACGUCGUGGGAGAGAAGACCGCUCAGGACCUGAGAGGGACAGACAGGGGAGAAUCAAGGGCGGAGUUGGGUUUGGUGUUGUCUGUGUGUGGGUACGUGUCUCUACCUCUCCACAUGCAUCUCUGACUUGCCACUUCUGCCGCAGUGACGUCUUGACCAUCCGACGGACGUCAUCUGCGCCACACACAAACAAACAGCAACCGACAGGUGUUUAACAGCAAAUCAGCAAAUGAGCGUCGAUGUCUACCUCUGGUGAACCCCUGGAGAAGCCUCGCCUCCGACACGUCAGCCACAGCCGCCUUCUCAAACUCACCCAGCCCCCCCAGAAACGCCUCCAGUCCAUUCAUCCCAUCACGCACCUUCCCCUCCAGCAGCUCCCCAACUUUCCUCCGAUACUUGUCGAAGAAUGCGUCCUCGAUCGCCCGCCACCUCUGGCGCACCUGGUCCGGGUCGCUGUGCACCUCGGCGGCCACCUCGUGCAGAAGUGGCGUGGUGUCCCUCUGGGUGCAGGUGCCGUCAAAAUCGAUGGCCACGAAGGAGAGGACACCCCUUUGGGCGAGGCCGGGGUGGCGUGAGGGUGACGCGGAGGGCGCGCAGGAGGGAGGGGGGAGUGCCUGCGCGUCGAAGAAGCCAUACUCGAGGUCCAUGGCGUUUCCGUAGUAGUACAGGAGGUUCCCACGCACGGCGUCUUCUCCGACCUGCCCUGACAGCGAUAAGAGGGGGUCAGUAUACCUGCACCAACCAACCGACACACGACAUGAAGAGAGCGUCACUUCUCCCUCCCUCCCUCCCUCCCUCCCUUCGUGUGCUACCUGUCCAGCAGCUCUUCAACACGCGCGGCAUCCUGCGCAAACUCGGCAGAACUGUAGGUCGCCAGCCACUCGUUGUAUCGAUGCCCGGCCAUCCCCUCCUCCCCGACGCCUUCCCUCAGCGCCUUGCCAAUGAAGGCGUACAGCGACAUGCAGGGCGCCAUGGAAGCCAGCACCAUUGCCGUGGUGGUCCAUUGGUCGGCUCCGACGUCCCUGAGGAAGCUGGUGUAGCGGACGGUGGCCUCAUUGGGCGUGAAUGUCGACGUGUCGAUGGCCCACUCUGUGCUGGACUGGUGCAGUGUCAGCUCGCUCAGUACGCCGCCGAUGAGCGCGUUGAACGCCCGGAUGCCCUCGACAUCGCCAGGCGGACACUUGCAGAGGGCAUGCGCAUACGCCUGAAUGAGAAAACACGACCCCGCGUGUGGAACACCCACGCACAUCUCCUUCCCCCGUGUGUGCCUGUUGGUUGACCUUUGCAAAGAUUUCGAGGAAGAAUGCGUCCUGCCUCAUGAACUCCACAUAGCUCUCCCUCGCCAGCACAGACGCGCCCAGCCUCAGCACCCAGGGGUGGUAAAGCGACUUGAGCGCUCGUCGCCGACACUUCUGCCACAGCCACUGCGACGUCCGCGGCCUCUUUUGUGGCAGUGCGUGUGUCGGCGGCCCUCCAUUCAUCGUCAGUGCGCUGGUGUUGAAACGUCGUAGAUGCUGCAGUAGCAAAAUGGAAGAUCCAAGCACCAGGGGUGAUGAGUAAGGCCUCAAUGAGACCAUCAACGGCCGAAAAUGCCAG